CUAGAUCUGAUGGUCCAGAGAAAGCCGCAUAGGUGUUUGAGGAGCUGAAGAUUUUAUAGAGAGAAGGAAAAAACCAGACGCAGAGAAAACCCACCAAAGUCCCUGUACUUUUGAGCUUUAAUCUGAUGGGAGAGGAAGAGAAGAAACCGGCGGAAGAGAAGAAAAUGGAGGAGAAGGGAACAGAGGAGGGGAAGAAACCUGAAGAGGAGAAGAAAGAAGAAGCCAAACAGGAUGAAAAACCAGCUGAGGAAAAGAAAGAACAGAAGAAAGGAGAAGGUAAAGAAGAAGCCCCUGCUCCUCCUCCGCCACCUCCUCCGCCACCUCCUGAAAUCAUCUUGAAGGUCUACAUGCAUUGCGAGGGAUGCGCCCGAAAGGUCCGCAGGUGUCUCAAAGGCUUUGAAGGUGUGGAAGACGUGAUGACAGAUUGCAAGAACCAUGAGGUUGUAGUGAAGGGAGAGAAAGCAGAUCCGAUGAAGGUGCUUCAGAGAGUGCAGAGGAAGAGCCAUCGGCAGGUGGAGCUUAUCUCUCCGAUCCCGAAACCGCCGGUUGAGGAGGAGAAGAAAGACGAGGAGAAAGAGAAGCCUAAACCGGAAGAGAAGAAAGAAGAGGUGAUCACGUUGGUGCUGAAGGUUCGCAUGCAUUGUGAGGCUUGUGCACAACAUAUCAAAAAAGGCAUACAGAAAAUGAAAGGAGUGGAAUCGGCAGAACCAGAUCUGAAGAACUCUGAGGUGACGGUGAAGGGAGUGUUUGAUCCGCUGAAGCUGGUGGACUACGUGUACAAGCGAAUUAAAAAGCAAGCGGUAAUAGUGAAACAAGAUCCAGAGAAGAAAGAAGAUGCCAAAGGUGCCAGCAAGGACAAUAAAAUGGAGGAAGAAGGUGGGUACAAAAAAAGGGAAGAAGGCGGUGGAGACGACAAACAGAAAAAGGAGGGUGGUGACGGCAGUGACGAUAAGGGCACGACGGAAACUGCCGCAGAUAGUAGCGCGGAAGAGACCAAAGUGGAGAUGAAGAGGAAUGAGUACUAUCAUUACCCGCAGAGGUACGCCAUGGAGAUGUAUGAAUACCCACCUCAGAUCUUUAGCGACGAGAAUCCAAACGCUUGUUCUGUUAUGUAAAAGUCAAGGAUGUUAGGGGGCAUUAUGGUAAUUGAAAAGAAAUGAUCUUGUUCACUAGGUGCCUUCUUUGUACCGUCUAGUAGCCGCAUUCAGUGCAAUCUACAGAUAAGAUAAGCAUAAGCUGUAGGAUUUUGAGAGUCCUUUUCUCUGUACUUUCUUUACCCUUUCAUUCUCACCUUUUCCUUUAGUAGUAAUGUAUACAUAAAUAAUUAUAAUAUCAUAAGAUGUUAUGAUUUGAAAU